AUGGCCAGAGAAAACGUCAAUGCGGCGCGGAAAGACGGCAACGAGGAGGAGGCAGCCGGUCUCCUGCAAGACGAGCAGAUAGGAGCCGAUGAGGAUGACCUUGUCGUAUACGCCAAACCACCUUCACCACAGCAACAUCCCAAACCAGCACCGAGACGACAGUCGAGUUUCGCGCAGACGAGACCACAUGGCGCGCCUAGAACUCCGCAUCGCGUGCGGUUCGAUGUCGCAGAGCCGGAUGUCAUUGGGGAGGCCAAUGGGACUCCGCACCCACAAGAUUGGGUCGAAGAAGAGGACUACAUGAAUGGAGAUGCAAGUGCUGAAGGCGGUCGGACCCUCAGAGCACCGCUCUUGACGGGAAUUGAGGCACCGAGCGUGGCACUCGCCAAUGACAUUGAGUUAGAAGCAGAAGAUGCGCUGGAAUCAGCAAGGCCAAAGAGUGGCUUGAAAAUGGCGUUCAUGAACAUGGCGAACAGCAUUAUUGGUGCUGGGAUCAUUGGACAACCGUACGCCUUCAAACAGGCUGGGCUAUUGAGCGGGAUAAUACUCCUCAUCAUUUUGACGAUCACCGUGGACUGGACGAUUCAACUCAUCGUCAAGAACUCGAAGCUCAGCGGGACCAAUUCUUUCCAGGCCACUAUGGAGCAUUGCUUUGGCAAGUCUGGCCUCGUGGCAAUCUCUGUCGCGCAGUGGGCCUUCGCCUUCGGCGGCAUGGUGGCCUUCUGCAUCAUCAUUGGCGACACGAUACCGCGAGUGCUGAUAGCGCUGUUCCCUUCGCUUCAUUCGAUUCCUGUUAUUGGACUUUUGACCGAUCGGAAAGCCAUUAUUGUUCUCUUCACACUGGGGAUCUCAUACCCUCUUUCUUUGUAUAGAGAUAUUGCCAUGCUUGCCAAAGCCAGCACACUGGCCUUGAUCAGCAUGCUCGUAAUCUUAAUCACGGUCGUCACCCAAGGACCACUCAUGCCUGCGGAGCUGAAAGGCCCUCUCAAAGGCAGUCUUAUAGUCAACAGCGGCAUUUUCCAGGCCAUCGGCGUCAUCUCCUUUGCCUUCGUCUGUCACCACAACAGCCUCCUGAUCUACGGCUCACUCAGGACGCCAACGAUGGACAGGUUCGCCAAAGUCACGCAUUACUCAACUGGAAUCUCGAUGGUUGCUUGUCUAGCAAUGGCUCUGGCUGGCUACCUAUCCUUCGGCUCUCUGACCCAAGGCAACGUGCUCAACAACUUUCCGACAGACAACAUCAUGGUCAACAUUGCCCGACUCUGCUUCGGUCUGAAUAUGCUCACCACCCUACCUCUCGAAUGCUUCGUCUGCCGCGAGGUCAUGACCUUGUACUACUUCCCCCACGAGCAGUUCAACCCGAACCGCCACCUCAUCUUCACAACUUCCUUGGUGCUAUCGGCCAUGGGCAUGGCACUGAUCACCUGCGAUUUGGGUGUCGUGUUCGAGCUGGUUGGCGCUACGAGCGCCUGCGCGCUGGCCUACAUACUUCCGCCGCUAUGCUUCGUGAAGCUGACGAAGCGGAAGACAUGGGAGACGUACGCGGCGUAUGUUUGCAUUUGCUUUGGGUGCAUCGUUAUGGGUAUCAGUCUGUUGCAGGCUGCUGCGAAGAUGAUAAGAGGCGAAGGCGGAACACAGAGUUGUUCUUAG